CGAGAGUGGGACGAUCAGUUUCCUCUCUACAAGCAGUCGACCUUGUUAGGGUAAUUUGACCAGGCGGUGUUUCUGUUUAGUGUUUACGUUACGAUCAGUUGGUCCAUCUCGCUAAAAUCAUGUGCAUCGAGUGUAAACCGUGUUUAAGAAGUGACUUUUGGAAUGGUCAUUGUUGAUAGACAGUGUGACUCGAGUAGGGAAGACAACGAUGAAAAAUUGGGUGGCCUUCAUAGCUGGUUUUACAUUUUUAGUACUUCCAUUCGAGAGAUUGUAUUUAUGGUUGGCCGUAAAUUAGAGGACUGAUUCGCCAUCAGCGAAUCGAACUUAAUCAUUUGAGACCAUUACCGGCUCAAUUACAGUCUUUGUGAGGAAAUCAUAGCUCAAAGAUGCAAAUGUGUUUAACUUAUUUACUUAUACACUUGAAUCUCAAUAUGCUAUUCUUGAUAGUAUUCAACUCAAGAAUAUCGGCAUGUCAUCCCUAUCAAACGCAUAGUCCAAUUCAUGAUGACCGGAAGAAGUCGUCAGUGAGAGAAACCAACAUCAACUGGACCAAUGUGAAUCCUAAAGUUCACGUUACUACCCUCGAUAUAAACAGAGGUUAUGUUGAACCCAUCAUCCCCGACUACUUCCCAGCACCAAACAUGCAAGGUAGCCAACCAACACCACCAAAAACCAAAAGAAAAUGCUUGGGAAACUUUUGCGAAGACGUCGACUACUACCCAACAGACCUAGUAAAGAACGCCUUGAAGAAAAGCAAGAACUUGGAUAGUUAUUUCGAGGAAAACACAGCUAUCGAUAUUCGAAACAGAGGUGGAUUUGACGACGAGGAAGAUUCCAAUGAUACCAUGUGUCCCACGAGAACCAUAACCAAAUAUCCCCAAACUGCCGUCAACACGAAUAGACAAGAGAAGUUUCUGGUCAAUGUCGAAGGCUAUCGACAAGGCAUUGUAUUCCAGACGUGCAUUGAAAACACAAACUGCAGAUUCCACGAAGGCUUUCCUCUGGAGUACGAAUCUUCAUGCAAACAAAAAUAUGUAAAAAGAAGUCUUGCCAUCUUAAGUGAUGAUAAUCAAACAACAGCAUGGGACUCAUUCGAAGUGCCUUCUUGCUGUGUUUGUGUUAUUAAGCGUAAAAACUAAAAACUUUAUGUAAAGCUUCUAGAUUGACUUUUGUAUAUAGGAAAUUUUGUAAGAAAUAUAUUUAAGAUAGUUUAAUUGACCUCAAAGGC